AUGUGAUUAAAUGCAUCUUCCAAAUCAAAUUAUGGUUAUGGUGGUGCAACAACUGAUAACAAUUUUGUUAAAGGUUAUACAAAACUCAAUUUAGUUCUUGUUCCUGGUAUUCGACAACAAAUUGCAUCUUAUUUUAAUGAUACAUUGAAUACUACGAUUAAUUUUAAUCGUACAAUGUAUAUAAUAUGGGCUGGUGGAAAUGAUUUUAUUGCUAAUUCAAGCAUUACUGUGUCAAGUCUUACAAAUAGUUUCAUGAAUAGUGUUCGAGAUCUGUUAAAAUUUGGUGCAAAAAAUAUUUUAAUAUUUAAUCAAGCACCAAUUCAAGUUUAUCCAUAUUUUAGUCGACAAAAUCUUAGUGCAACUUACACUACACUUACUCUUCAAAUAAAUAAUGCUCUUCAAGCAAGUCUUAAUUCUACACGAAAUAAUUAUACAAAUGUGUCUAUUCAAACAUUUGAUCUUAAUGCAUUAGUUACAAAAGUUGUUGCCAAUCAAUCAUAUCCAUUUGCAAAUACUGUUAGUAAAUGUUGGGAUAAUGUAAAUUUGACGACAGUUGCACUUCUAUGUUCAGAUCCAACAACAUAUGUUUUUAUCGAUAGCAUUCACAUGACCACUCCUGUACAUCAAUUGAUUGCUGAUGCUGUUACUCCACUAUUAACAUAUACAUAUACAUAUACAUAUAAUAGAUAUUCUAAAAUGAAUCUUUCUCUUAAUAUGUUGAUAUCAUUUAUAUUAAUUCAUAUUUUUUUUAAAUUUUUCUAA